AUGUUGACAGAUAAAGGCUUUUUUUAUAUUACCAACAUUGGUUUAUCUCAGGAGGAGAUAGAUCUCCAAUUUGCCAUUGCAAAGGCACUUUUUGAACUACCCGAAGAAGAACGACUGAGACACCGUGCUCCCUUAGAGGAGGGUAGCUACAAUGGCUACCGUCAUUUAGGAGCACUAAGUCUUUCCCCUGGGAUGCAAGACACGCUGGAAUUUUACAGCAUCUUCAAAUUCAUUCCCCAAAGCGAGCGAUCACAUCCAGACCUGAUCAAACAAUACUCCACGGAGAUUGAGAGAUUCUCUCGCUUCAUGCACGAGAACGUGUCCUUCAAGAUCCUCCGAAUAUUAGCGACUAUGCUCGAGCUACCGGAAGACCAGUUCGUGGAUGGUAACCGCUACGAAGAUGAAUGCGAUAGCUCUAUCCGCUAUAUGCUAUACCAUGCUCGGUCCCAAGAAGAGAACAAGACGUUUGACGAUAUUUAUUUUCGUGGACACACAGAUAAGGGGACGAUGACGUUCCUAUUCCAGCAACCAAUAGCAGCACUACAAGUGCAACAGGCCAAAGAUGCAACGUGGGAAUAUUUAAGGAUUCCCGCUGGCUCUGUCGCUGUCAACAUUGCCGACACACUUCAGUUCCUCACAAAUGGGUAUCUAAAAAGUGGCUUUCAUCGAGUUAUAGCGCCACCGAAGGAUCAGAUGCACCUCGAUCGAUUAGGCUUGUUAUAUUUUGUGCGUCCGACUGACAAGCUGCGAUGGAAGACCCUGAAUAGUGCUUUCUUGCAGAAGGAAGGUUAUGGCAAAACCACAACCGAGAAUGACCAGGAUGUUUCUGGGUUGGAUUGGUGGAGAGCUGGGGUCAAGGCUCGCAAGGGAGCAAAUUACAUCAGUUCUGCAGCAAGCACAACCUAA